AGACCCAGGCAAAACUCGUUGAUUUCUAGCGAGGGAGGUGCUAUUACGCACCAAACGAGUGCCCUAUCCAAUUAUCUGGAAACCCGGCAUGUGUUGUAAUUGAAUCCUUAUUUCCCAACCGGUUGUUAUGGAUGGAGGUCGAGAGAGGGGUUAGUUAGUGCCUGUUGCUCUUUCCUGGUGCAGCAUGUUGCACGGGGGGUCUCUCACUUUAUCAGUCCUCAGGAUGGGCAUUUGGAGGGUUUGAGGACGCUGCGCCGCCAACAAGAAUAAUUCACUCGUUUUUGGAUAGACGAUACGACUAGCAGAUAUCUUGGCAAUACGUUCGCCUGGGUGGAUAAUUUAGGCUAUUUUUAGGAGUUUGCCUUUAUUACAUGUGAAGUUCAAUGCUGGAAUGUAAUUUUUAAUACGGAGUGUUUUCUUGUGUUUGGAGAGUUUUUGUGUGUGAAGAACCUGCAGAGCAACUUUUGGAACAAAUUACGCAUACGAAGAUGAUGGUGUUUUACAUGUAGAGUGAAAGUUUCGCUCUGCGCUCUGUUGGGUCAUUAUUGUAUUACAUUUUUGUAUUUUUUUCUGUUUUGCUAACUAUAUUCAAGAACAAAACAGGUUUAAAGUCCUGGACUGCAGGAGAAAUGGCCAGCGAACUGAAACCACGGCUUUGUAUCAUGACAAAGAGUGAGAACGGGUAUGGGUUUCACUUGCACGGUGAGAAGGGGAAGAACGGCCAGUACAUUCGCAAAGUUGAGCCCGCGUCGUCAGCAGAAGCUUCGGGGCUGCGCCCGGGGGACCGUGUCAUUGAGGUGAACGGGGGAAAUGUGGAGAAAGAUACGCACUAUCAAGUGGUGCAGAGGAUCAAGGCGGUGGAGCAUGAGACCAGGCUGCUGGUGGUAGACCGGGAGACGGACGAGUACCUCCGCAGCCUGCGCCUCGUCUGCACCGAGGAGAUGGCUGUCCGUCUGGGGGGACUCACCUCUGUGUCCCCCUCCUCGCCCCCGGCCUCCUCGCCCGCGGCCAAGAGAGAGAACGGCUCUGUGUCCAAGCUGCCCGCCACCCUGACCAGAGAGGUACCCAAGCCCACGCGAAGGUCUCCGUCGCGGGCCGCCAAGAAGGAGGCUCUGGCCCAUGUUAAUGCCCAUGUCCAGGUGGCGCGGCCACCAGUGGACCCAUCGGAGCUGUUCCCCAGGCUGUGCCACCUGGUGCGGGUCGAGACUGGCUACGGCUUCAACCUGCACAGUGAGAAGUCCCGGCCGGGCCAGUACAUCCGCUCCCUGGACCCUGGGUCUCCAGCCGACCACGCCGGGCUCAGACCACAGGACAGACUCAUAGAGGUGAAUGGAGUGAACGUGGAGGGCAUGCGCCAUGCGGAGGUUGUGGCCUUCAUAAAGACAGGAGGAGAUGAGACCAGGCUGCUGGUGGUGGACCCUGACACAGACCAUCACUUUAAGAAGAUGGGCGUCACCCCGUUGGCCAGCCACGUCAAAGACUAUGACGGUCCGUCCAUAUCCAACGGCUCCCCCAGUCCUCAGAUCAACGGCAGCUUCACCAGCCGCUCCAUCCAGUCACACCACUCUGACCUGAGCAGUCCAGACAACAGCCUGCAGCUGGGAGAGGACGAGGCGGGCCGUCUGAUGGACCCGUUUGCUGAGAUCGGCCUGCUCCUGAGUCCCACAGCAGCUGAGGCCAAAGAGAAGGCCCACGCCAAGAGAGCCAAGAAGAGAGCCCCUCAGAUGGACUGGGACAAAAAACACCAGCUCUUCAGCAACUUCUGAACUUUUCUGCCACCCAAUGAGAGAAGCAGAGAGACUGUCGAAUUUGACAUUUCUGAAAGUUACCUUCAACAUCCCUACCCGUUACCGCACCACCACUACCAACCAAUCCAACAGAAGAGAAUACGCAGAUAGAAUGUUGUUCUCUGAACGUUGGCAAUCCAACACACACUCCCUCCUGCUUCCAAAAUGGACGGGAUGGAAUGAUGGACAUCUCAUCCUUUACCCCUCCUUCAAUCCUCCCUUCUUCCACCCUUCUCUAUACCCCCAUCCCACCCCAGAGAGAGCUUGUCUGCUGGAAUGGACUGGAAUAAGUGACUCAAGAUUACCAGCUUCUUCUGAAUCCUCCAAUCAUCAUCGCUCUUUCCCUAAACCAUCCAAUGUCCCUCUUCUUCUACCACUAACUCCCACCUUCUCUGAGGACUGCUCUGGACAGAGGAGGCACUUAUUUUUAUAUUUAGAAAGUGGAAAACCACCAUAAUAGGUGUUAGCCAGCCCAGCUAUAUGGAGUAUGGGGAAUAUGGACUAUGUGAGAUGUUUGUGAACACUGUGACCUGAUCUUAAACAUUGGGGUUUGUUUUGACCCUGUAAGAGAAGGAACGUACGUACGCCCAAAGAUGGAUAAAACUCUUCCUCCCAUGAUCCUCCUGUGAUUUUAUUGUGUGAUCGAUGGGCCUCUGACUUCAAGCAUUCAAUCACCAGGAAAAGCACAAACUAGAGGCUGAAUAGCAUUGCUUCUGUAUCAUCUCUGUUUGUAUUUGUAUCAAAGCAUCUGUUUUCUCAUAAUGUCAUAACAUUUCCACUUUGCUCCCUAUGUUGGAUAUGAACUGGUAUUCAUAGAUGGUGUUAACAAUGCAUAGACAAUCAAAAGCCUUACUCCAUCCAUACCUCCCUCUCAAUAUGAUAGCAUUUAAGAUACAUUGACUAAAUGCAUACAUACAUGCACACACACAAGCCCCCUAUGAUUCUCUAGCCUAUAUGCCUGCUUCACUCAUUCUAAGGCAGUUUUAGUUUAUUUACGGGACCCUUAUCUUUAUAACAUCAAUGACAUCCUCUCCACUAUUUCAUAUCCCAAUGUCCCCGACAUAGAAAUAGAAUUACUAGAACGGGAAUUCCUCAAUCAAGUUAAAAAGAGUGACUAGAUCAAGUGUUGAGUUUUGAACACUGCCUGUCUAGUACACCAGGGGGUGCUAAUAAGACACACAGCAACAUGAAGCCACUACAGUACACUGCUCAGAGAUGUAUGAGGAUUGGGACAUGAAAGUACCAUAGAAGGAGAAGAUAGCCUGGGGAUGAUAUGACCACUUUAAAGAUGUAUGAGAUCUAUGUAACACCUUGUAACAUUUACGUAAAGCCUGCAGGUAUGUGUUAUUACUAGUUAUGAGGAUCUAUCAUGCUUUAUUACCUGUUAUGAGCAAAUAUAAUGCUUUAUUAAUUGCUAUGAGCAUGUAUAAUGCUGUAUUACUUGUUAUGAGCAAAUAUAAUGCUAUAUUACUUGCUAUGAGCAUCUAUAAUGUUUUAUUACUUGCUACAGUAUGAGCAUCGAUAAUGCUGUAUUACUUGUUAUGAGAAAAUAUAAUGCUUUAUUACUUGUUAUGAACAUCUCCAUCUAUGAGCCGAUCACCUUUAUAUGCAAAAGUAUAGAUACAAAUAAUGUAUGAAAUACCAAGAUGGAUAUUGUACGGGAUUGAAAGUGAGCCCGGCGUAUCAAAGAACGCUUACAUCACUCAGUGUUGAUGUGAUGUUGUGGUAAUGUUAUGCUCAUGUUGUGGUAAAGUGAUGACAGACUGACAUAGUGCUUGUAUCAGCUACUCCAGACUGGCCUGUCUUUCCGUUUCACUUCAGAAGGGAAGGACACAGUUAUUUUUGUACAACAUGCCUGAAUGCUGUGGAUUGUGGAUCGGCUGUGGUAUCAGGGGCUUUGGUAUGUGAGUAUAGCCUGGUCAAGGAUCUAUUUGUGCGUUAUAGCCAACUCCUAUGGUCAUUAUCAAGAGGUGUCACACAACAAUAGCCAUAGGAGUUGGUAAGACAGCACAAACCAAUCUCGGACCAGGCUACUCUGAGCUAUGGGGCUAGGGGCUCUGAUCAGUGGGCCUGCCCAGUGGGGUCUGCGGUGGUGGGGCAGUGGGGUGUGUGGGAGAGGCCUAUCCUGGAGGUCAGACUCAGAGAUGCUCUAAUGAAUGAGACCAGGGGAGCCACAGGACUUACAGGAGAUUAGUCCUAGCAUAGGAUAGCAUGGGGACAGCUGUCCUGCACACAGACACACACCAGACCAAACCACUGGCACGCGUCAUAGAGGGGUGAAGGUCAAGUUUAUCUUACUGUGUGUGUGUGUCAUCCACUGUUACGGAUAGUAAUCUCAGGUCCCCCCGGUCGUUCAUAUUGUGGUAGGAUCUACACAAAGAGAACACUCCCCAGACCAAACCACUGCUACAUCUCAUACGGGGGUGAAGGGAGAUAGAAGGGAAAGUUUGUCUCUGUGUCAUCCAUUGUUACUAUUCACCCAGGGUCCGUAGAGUGCCGAUCUAGGAUCAGUUUUGCCUUUUAGAUCAUAAUUAAUAAGAUUAUAUGGACAGGAGCGACCUGAUACUAGUUCAGCACUCCUACUCUGAGACGCUUUCUGAAUACGGGCCCAGGUCCCCCCUGGAGGUUCAUAUUGUGGUAGGAUCUGAAAUGCGGGUUCCUGGUUGGGCUAGGUCUGAGGUACAGGCCAGGGUCAGCUGUGCUAUGCGGCGCCGACACCACACUUAGGACGGAGAGAAAUGUCUGAUCUGUUCUCAUAUAUUGCACAAUACAUUUUUUGUUAAUACGCAUAUUGUCAUUACUAUUACUCAUAAUAGUACAGGGGGAAAAAACGGUUUUUAUUUCUCUGGUUUCCAUUUGUGAUCUAGCACCAAUGUGUUUGCAUAAGGGUUUUUACUAUUGGUCCAUAUGAUAAGCUGACCAUUAAACCCUGAGCAGAAUGGCAUAUGACCCAUGUAUAUUUACAUUUUAGUCAUUUGGCAGACGUUCUUAUCCAUUUAAGUCAUUUAGCAGACGCUCUUAUCCAGAGCGACUUACAAAUUGGUGGAUUCACCUUAUGAUAUCCAAAGCGACUUAAAGGGGUUAAGUGCCUUGCUCAAAAGUUUGUUGACAGAUUUUUCACCUGGUCGGUUUGGAGAUUCAAACCAGCGACCUAUCGGUUACUGGCCCAAUGCUCUUAACCACUAGGCUACCUGCCUCCCUACAGUGUGUGGCAGGUUGUAUUUUUUCAAUAAAGUGUGACAAUCUCCUUCUGGACAAUAUGA